CCUUCGCGGACCCCACUGCAAGCCCGGUGGGCAGCUCCUGUAGGUCUAGUACAGACCGCAACCUCCACGCGCCAUCUGACCGCGGACAGACAGACCUCCGGCACUCUCGUGUUCUCCCUGCGGCUCGGACACAUAGUAUGACCUUUAGGUGUUUCGUCUCCGAGCCAUUUUCUAUGGAAAACCGGCAAGAUCGGGCCAUGACAGCCACUGGCAGCUUUGAAGAAUGGGAUGCCUUUAGAGAAGCUUGAUCUUGGAGGCCUCAGUGUGAGACCUUAAAAAGCCGGAUUCCGGCAGAGUUCCUCUAUUUCGUCUUGUUGCUGACUGAAGGCGCCCCCUUCUCCAGUUUUUCUCCACCUCCUGAGGUAGCAGGAAAUCAGCAUCAUGGUUGGGUUCAAGGCCACAGAUGUGCCCCCGACUGCCACGGUGAAGUUCCUGGGGGCGGGCACAGCUGCCUGCAUUGCAGACCUCAUCACUUUUCCCCUGGAUACCGCUAAAGUCCGGCUGCAGAUCCAAGGAGAAAGGCAGGGGCCAGUGCGGGCUGCCGCCAACAUGCAGUACCGCGGCGUGCUGGGCACCAUCCUGACGAUGGUGCGCACCGAGGGGCCGCGCAGCCUCUACAACGGGCUGGUCGCCGGCCUGCAGCGCCAGAUGAGCUUCGCCUCGGUCCGCAUCGGCCUCUACGAUUCUGUCAAGCAGUUCUACACCAAGGGCUCUGAGCAUGCUGGCAUCGGAAGCCGCCUUCUGGCAGGCAGCACCACAGGUGCCUUGGCUGUGGCCGUGGCCCAACCCACAGAUGUGGUAAAGGUCCGCUUCCAGGCCCAGGCCCGGGCGGUAGGUGGCCAGAGAUACCAAAGCACUGUUGACGCCUACAAGACCAUUGCCCGAGAGGAAGGGUUCCGGGGCCUCUGGAAAGGGACCUCUCCCAAUAUUGCUCGUAAUGCUAUUGUCAACUGUGCUGAGCUGGUGACCUACGACCUCAUCAAGGAUGCCCUCCUGAAAGCCAACCUCAUGACAGAUGACCUUCCUUGCCACUUCACUUCCGCCUUCGGGGCAGGCUUCUGCACCACCAUCAUUGCCUCCCCUGUCGACGUAGUCAAGACGAGAUACAUGAACUCUGCCCUGGGCCAGUACAGCAGCGCUGGCCACUGCGCCCUCACCAUGCUCCAGAAGGAGGGUCCCCGAGCCUUCUACAAAGGGUUCAUGCCCUCCUUUCUCCGUUUGGGUUCCUGGAACGUGGUGAUGUUCGUCACCUAUGAGCAGCUGAAACGGGCCCUCAUGGCUGCCUGCACUUCCCGGGAGGCGCCUUUUUGAGCUUCUCCUGCUGCCCACCUGACCACCUCUGGCUCGGCUCCGGCUCCAGCCAGGCCCUGCUCCCCUUUUUCUCCUCCCUUCCUUCCCUUCUCUCUUUCCCUGCCCCUUCCUCCUCCUCCCUUCCCUCUGCCCACAUUCUCACCCCUCCUCCCUACUUCAUCUCCCCACUGCCUCUCAGUCCUGCUGAAGCUGACCCCAGUUGACACUGUAGGAGGCCUGUCACCAACCAGGAUCCCAUGAAAAGUUCAGCCCACCUCUUCGUCCUGUCCCCAAGCCCAGCCUACCCGGCACGUCACCCAUAAAACAAGCUCAACCUUG